UUCGUAACCUGUUCAAACCCACCAGCUGCUCUGUGAGAAAAAGACAUGGCUCUUUGUUAGAGUUGCCACGGGUUUGGUUUGGUGGGGGUUUCCAAAGCCAAAAUUUCUGCAGACUGGAGCCCAUUAGCUUCCUCUUGCUUUUGGUGAACUCCCAGCUGUGGCAAUCUGCUUGUUGCUGGUGGCGGAGAUGUUUCAUUUCCCCUGCAGAGGAGCCAGGGCGACCUCAGCCAACAGACUUCAGACUUCGUAAAGUGCGACUGACAUACAAGCACGCCCUGCCGCCAAUUCUCCUUUUCAGGGUCUCUCUGCACUCAGCUGACUCCCCUGCCCGAAGUAACGAUCCUAGGUGAGAUGAUUUCCAUGGUUUUGCCUAACAUGUUGACAGGAAGUUGAUCUUGCAGACACGGGAAAGGGCACAAACAGGUGACGUUAUUUGGUAGGCCUCAGAUGGGCCACCAGAGUUGCCCGAAAGUAAUAACAUGGUGAUGGACAACGACCAUUUAUUUCAAGACCUGACUUCACCUCCUUAAACCACACUCACACCCCAGAAUAGACUGCUUCCUGGAACCGGGCCCGUUGAUGGGUGGGGCCUGAAAGCUGCCUGGGGAUGCCCUGCGGGUCAUGAGUCCGGGUUUCGGUUCCAGCGGGCGCUGGCGCUCGCCCUGAGUCACUGUGAGGCAAGCUGGCAAGCUGGCAAGCUGGCAGCUAGGGGCUGCUGCCGGGACCAGUGCAAACGCAGCCACGCCUGCGGUUCCCACGGCAACACCGAUCCCGGGCCAAUCUGGCCUCGGAAGCGAGUCUCCGCCCGCCAGGGAUUGAAGAGCCUGGAAAAGCCGGGCGACCCAGGGACCGGGAGCCGGCCGGGCGAAUGCGCGUCGCGGGCUCUGGCCAUGGCUCGCGGCCCGCAGCGCCCGCUCGGGCUCUGCCUCCUCAUGCUGCUGCUGCUCCCGGGCGCGUCCGGCCACGAAGGGGCGGCGAGGCCGGGGGAGGGCGCCGCUAAACCGGGCGCGGCCUGGCCGAGCUUACAGGGCCUGAAGGAGAGGCUGAAGUCGGCGGGUGCCGUCUCCAGGCGGUACUGGGCGCUCUUCAUCUGCCAGUUGCGGCCCAAGGUCUGCGAGGACGACGAGGAGGCGGCCGCGGAGCCCGUGGGCUGGAACCUUCCCCUGUUGGGCCAGCAGUACCUGGAUAUCCUGACCGUGUGGUACUGCAGCUUUCAGGACUGCUGUGACAGUGGUGACUGCAGGAUCUCCAACAAUUUCACAGGCCUCAAGUCAGACCUGAGUGUGCGGUUGCAUGGCCAGCAUUUGGCCCGGGAGCUGGUCCUGAGAGCAGUGAGGGGCUACGUAGAGACGCGCCAGCCAGACAAGGCCCUGACCCUGUCGUUCCACGGCUGGUCUGGCACUGGCAAGAACUUCGUGGCACGGAUGCUGGCGGAGAACCUGUACCGGGACGGGCUAAGGAGCAACUGUGUCCAAGUGUUCAUCGCCAUGUUCCAUUUUCCUCACCCCAAGUAUGUGGACAUGUACAAGGAGCAGCUGACCAGCCAGAUCCAGGAGACGCAGCAACGCUGCCGCCAGACCCUCUUUAUCUUCGAUGAGGCGGAGAAGUUGCACCCAGGGCUGCUGGAGGCCCUCGAGCCACAUCUGGAGCGCCGGGCCCCCAAGGCAAACAGGGCCAAGACCCCAAGAACCAUCUUUCUGUUUCUCAGUAACCUUGGGGGCAAUAUCAUCAAUGAGGUGGUCCUGAAUUUGCUUAAAGCUGGACAGGCCCGGGAAGAAAUUACAAUGGAACACUUGGAGCCACACCUCCAGGCUGAGAUUGUGGAGUCCACAGACAGUGGCUUUGGCCACAGCUGUCUUGUGAAAGAGAACCUGAUAGACUUCUUCGUCCCCUUCCUGCCACUGGAGUACCGUCAUGUGAGGCUGUGUGCACGUGACGCUUUCCUGAGCCAGGAGCUCCCGUAUACAGAAGAGGCACUGGAUGAAAUCGCCAAGAUGAUGUCGUAUGUCCCCAAGGAGGAACAGCUCUUCUCUUCUCAGGGCUGCAAAUCUAUUUCCCAGAGAAUUAACUAUUUCCUGCCUUGAGGGCUAGAUGAAGACUUCUGAAGCUGGCUUCCUUCCACUAACAGGACCCUGGGGCCUGUCCGAGCACUGUCUGAGACUGUAAGGGGUAGGCAGGGCAGGCUGGCAUCCAGCACAUCACUAACACAUAACUGGUGUGUAAAAGGAAGGCCUGAAAUUCAAACCAGAGCCAAUUCCUAAAAUCAUUUGGUGCCUUAAAGACCCGCAUUUUAAAAUGUGGGCCAGGUGGUUGGAGAAAGCCAUGUGGGAGACAAACAAAUCCCAAGGGCUGUUAUGACUCUACGAUGGUCUCCUUAGCAUCUCAGCUCUUCCAGGCAGAUGCUCAUACUUGGGAUUUGGGUCUCAGAGGCUGCAGGAUCUUCCACUUACAGAGAAGGGAAGAAUGAAGUCCUGCUGAUCCAGGACUAGGGAGCACCUCAGGUUUGCAGACUGCGUGGGUUAGCUUUCAGUUAUUCCCAGAGGAAAGCUGAGCAGCUUCUGCUUGUGAACAGAUCAGCAAAGAGCUUCAGACUGAGGGAUAAGGUGCACAGAAGAUGGUUUUCUUUUUUUUUUAAAUCACAACUAAGGCUUCUUCUGCUUGCAGAUUUAAAAAAAAAAACAAGUUUUAUUUUAAAUUAGGGGCCUAGACAUGACUAUUUCUUUGUAAAGAUUAAAAUCUUGUAUUUUUCUAAAACCCUUUGGCCUACUUUCUUACUGAGACCUAGUAACCAUGCUCACUCAGCAAUAUUUCAAAUGCCAGGUACAAAGGGCAGAUGUUGGCAUUCAAGGAACUGACAAGGUGAUUGAUUGACUGGUCUGCCAAUUUAUAUCAGUUUGCUUUGGGACCUUACCAGCUGAGCUGAGUUACAACAACCUCUUAUUCAGAGAGGUUCCCACAGCGUAUUACUCUUACGUAUGAACAUUUACUCCUGUAUUGCCAGCUUUAAGGAUUAAACGGCAGCAUGUAAAGUGUCCAGCGUUUCGCCUAGACACAUAGGAGGUGCUCAUUAAGUGUUCUUACCCUUCUCUCGGUCCCUCCUCUCUACCCCAGUUCUGGAAUUACACACACGUCUUCCCUCAUAUAUUUGUGGUCUCAAGUGUCCAUCUUCUUUAAAGCCCUCCCCCACCCCCCGCUCACCUUUAGCCCUUGUAAAAUGGAACAUUGCUGUCUCUUCCCCCAUGUAACACUUUAUUGUGCUCAUCUACUCAAAUAACGGCCCCAAGCUUAGGGAGUACCUAGCCUGAACUGCAUUAGGUACUCAGUAAACAUUGAAAUAAAUGAAUUAAAGGAACUUAGUUUCAUACCACUCAUGGGACAAAAGUAACUGCACAAGAGCAUGGUGGGGGGGGGGG